AGUGGAGCUCAGGGGGGCCAUGCGCCCAUGCGGCCAUGCGUUUCGGCAAGCUGCUGCUCCUGGCAUGCAGCAGCUGGGCACACGGCGCUGCCCCGGCGCCGCGGAGCCGCCCCCCUGCGGCCGCCGCUGCUCCGCGGCGGGAGGUGCUGCCUGGCGCUUCGGAGAAUGCGCCGCACGGCCCAGUGGGUCGCGCUGGCGCGCAGCCACCGCUGCGGGGCAGCCCAGGAGGCAGAGGAGGCCGAGGAGAAGGAGCGGGCACCCGCCGGCCGAGCAGCUGGGCGGGCGCGGUAGCGCGAGAGGGCUCGGGCGAGGGGCCGCACAGCGAGCUCCGCGGUGCAGCCCGCCGAGACGAGCUGCCACAGGCAGUGCGCGGGCCUGCGUGGCCCGACGAGCGGAGCUCCGCUGCUGACGCCCAGCCGCCGCCAGGCUUGAGCGCCGCGCCCGCGGGAGGGUCUCGCGGCGGAGCCGACCGAGACGCGCCGGCCGGGGCAGUGCACGGGGAGGCGUGGCUCGACGAGCGGGCUCCCGCUGCUGAUCCGCGGGGAGGGGAGGAGCAGCCCGCUCCUCGCCGCGGGACGGCGUCCCCGCCCUGGUGGUCCGAGGGCCAGGGCGCGCAGGACGAGUGGCCCGAGUCGUCCGAGGGCGAAGACGGGGAGGGCGACGACUACGGGGACGAGGAGGGCGAGGAGCCCUCGUGGUGGAGCGAGGGCGAGGAGGAGGAGGAGGAGGAGGAGGAGGAGGAGGAGGAGGAGGACGAGUCCGCGUGGUGGGGCGAGGCCUCCGGGGCUGCUCACGCCUCGGCGGGAGCAGGGACGAGGGGGAAGACGGGCGCGUGGUGGUGGGACGAGGGCGAAGAGGCGGCGGCGGAGGAGGAGAAGACGGAGGAGCUCCAUCCCGAACGGGAGGAGACGCCCGAUCUUCGGCCAGCGUCGGAAGCAGAGGCAAAGAGGGUGAAACCCUCCUGGGGCACCGGCGAGGAGGGUGAGGAGGAGCUCGAUCCCGAAGGGGAGAUGCAGCCAGAUCCUGACGCAGCCCUCGGAGGAGAGGUCGGGGAGGGGAAGUCCUCGGGGUGGGGCGAAGGCGUAGAGGACCAGGGAGGCAGCGUUCCGGCACAAGCCGACGUGGGCGCCACCACAGCCGGUGCCUUCCCGUCGGCGCCGAGCACUAUUCCUUCGCAGGGCGUGCCAGGAGCAGUGUCAGAGGUACAGUACAGCUCGAGCGCUGCCGCCUCGCAGGGCGUGCCAGAGGCACCGCCAGACUUUCAGUCGAGCUCGAGCACCGCGCCCUCGCAGGCCGCGCCAGCGACAUCGCCAGGAGUCCAGCCAGGCUCGAUCACGCCCUCGCAGAGCGUGCAGGAGGGCGAGGCGGGCGACGACGGCACGGCCCCGGGCGGCGGACCCCCUGAGGAUCAGGUCAGCAUCUCUGGCACCGCAGGCGUCGCGCCCGGCAGCGCCUCGACCCCGUACGCCGAGACGCCUGCAGACCCAGGGGCCGUGGCGGCGGAGGCCGAGGACGCCCUCGGCGCGGAAGGUGCCGGCGCGGGCGGCCCCCCUGCUGCCCCGCCCGCCGCAGAGGCGGGGGGCGCGGCGAUCGAGGGCGCGGCGAGCGCUGGCGCCGACGAGGGCGCCGCCGCGGUGCCCGCCGAGGGCGCCGGGCCUGCCGCCGAGCAGGCGGCCGCGGUGCCCGAGGGCGCCGGGCCUGCGGCCGAGCAGGCGGCCGCGGUGCCCGCCGGGGCGCCGGGCUGCCGCCGAGCAGGCGGCGCGGUGCGCCGAGGGCGCCGGCCUGCGGCGAGCAGGCGGCCCGGUGCCCGCGAGGGCGCGGGCCUGCCGCCGAGCAGGCGGCCGCGGUGCCCGCCGAGGCGCGGGCCUGCGGCCGAGCAGGCGGCCGUGCCCGCCUGCGCCGGGCCUGCGGCCGAGCAGGCGGCCGUGGCGCCCGCCGAGGGCGCCGGGCCUGCGGCCGAGCAGGCGGCCGUGGCGCCCGCCGAGGGCGCCGGGCCUGCGGCCGAGCAGGCGGCCGUGGCGCCGGCCGAGGGCGCCGCGCCUGCCGCCGAGCAGGCGGCCGCCGGCGCGGGGAGCGCGGUCGCAGCGGCGCUUGGCACAGGCCUGUCGAGCACCAGCGUGGACGCGUCCAGCGGCGGCAGCCUCUACCCCACCACCACUGCCGCGUCCGUGGCAGCCUCGGUGCCGCUCCACAAGGGCCUCGUCGGCAGCGAGGACGCGUCCGCCGGCGGCGGCAGCCUCUACCCCACCACCACUGCCGCGUCCGUGGCAGCCUCGGUGCCGCUCCACAAGGGCCUCGUCGGCAGCGAGGACGCGUCCGGCGGCGGCAGCCUCUACCCCACCACCACUGCCGCGUCCGUGGCAGCCUCGGUGCCGCUCCACAAGGGCCAAGGUGGCGUAGCCGAUGGCACCAGCAGCGGCAGCAGCAGCAGCAGCAGCAGCAGCAGCAGCGGCACCACUGCAGGUUCCGACGCAGCGAGCGCGUCCCCUAUCGCAGGCAGCACGUCCGCAGCAGCUUCAAUCACGAACACCGCGGUUGCCUCCACGAGCGCGGUCGAGGGCGCGAGCGCUCCUCUCCCCGGUGUAAGCAAUGCGUCCACGGCAGUCGCGUCGUCGUCCUCUGUGAACGGAUCGACUACGGCCCCGCAGAUGAACGGCAGCACAAUCGCUGGGACUUCUAGCGACGUGCCGAUCGCCAACAGCGUCCCCGUGCAGACUGAAACCGCGGCUGCCCCUGUCUCUUCCGCUCCACCAGAUGUAAUCUUUGUCACCACAACAACCACGACUACCUCGACCACUACCAGCAGCACCACCAGUACGACUACCACGGCUGCCACCACGACCACGACGACGACCAGCACCACCACGAGCACGACCAUCACGGGAACCACCACCACCAGGACCUUAACCACCACCACGAGGACCACGACCACCACCACUACUUCUACCACGACGACGACGACGACUGCACCACCCAUGGACAUGAGAGUGCCGGCGUUUGCCGUGGUGUUUGCGCUCAUUUGUCUCCUGACUGGCGGCUAUCUGGCGUUUCGGCGCUUCCGCCACAAGGUCACCGGCGCCCGCAGCCAUAAGCAUUACGUGAAGCCAGAUCUCAAGCACGACGUCGAAGAAGUCAAGGACAGCGUGCCGCCCGAAGUGGUCGGCGAGUCCCAGCUGCGGCCGCCCAAGCCCCCGACGUCCGUCAGCCGAGAGAGCGAGUUCGACCUCCUCGGGCUUCAGGAGGAGAGCGGGCCCGCGAGCGUGGUCUCGAUGCCUCCCGGGGACACGGACGCGGAGGUGGAGCUAGAUCACCUGAUCAACUCCAUUGUCAACAGCAAGGAGCACGGCCUCUCCUGA